AUGCGGGUAGUUGGCACAUGUGCGCGUCUUUGCGGUUUGCUGUGGGGCGAGUGGCAAGUGAUGCAGCGGGUGUGCCGGAAUUUUAGCACCUCAUCGCGUCGUUUGGCGCUCGAGCGGGUUGAGGUGGCGCACUCGCAGUCUUACACACGGCGGGGCAUACCGAUUGGUUUCACGUCGUCUGUUGGGAGUGGCAACGGUGGCAUCUCCGUAGCAUCAUCGUCGUCGUCAGCAUCGCCUGCCGCCGGCACUGGAGAUGUGCUUUCCAACUACGUGAGCUUCCUUGCCGAUGACACGACGGGGCCUGCGGCGACGAAGGAGAAUGGGGCCCAACCACUCCGUUCGUUGCGCUCCGUGGCGGCCGCUGAAACACUCUUCUUCAGGGAGGAGGCAAAGAACUAUUGUCGUCUCUGCAUGGAGGAGUCACAGACGACGCCAAAGGCACACAUAGUGACGGCUUACCGCGCGAGCCACACCAAUCAUGCCUGUCGUGAGGUGGUGUUGGAUAGUUUGGCACUGCUGGCUAUACGAGGCUACCCCAUUGAUGACAUCUACCUCGUCUGGUCUGAUGUGCUUUACCGUGAACCCAUCUUUCAGCGUAUCCCGGAGCUUGUGUCGCCGCGGUGGAGUGUGAAUCAGCGCAGCGAGGUCCUUGGUAAGCUGCUGUGUAUGCUUAAAGCCAUGAAUGUGAUUGACAUUUCCCUUGCCGCUCAAGCCCCUGACACCUUUGACAGUGCCUCGCAACAGAUGCACCACCGUCGUCGUGUGGCGUUUGAACGACUGGAGUACAUUGGGGAUAAUUCGUGGGGAAAUCACCUUUCCAAUCGAAUGAUGCUUCUCUUCCCCGAUAGGCAGUGGACGUACAGCCAGAGCGUCUACGCCUUUAACUGUUUUCGCGACGCCUGUGAGAUGAAUGUGACACUGGAGUUCAUGUUUGAUACCCUUCGCGUCGGUGACCUCUUGCCGUCUGGCGUCCGCGAGAAGUUAGGCACUGGGAAGAUAAAGGCGGAUGUGUUGGAGGCCGUUAUUGGUGAGCUGCACGUCACACUCUGGGGGCUGGAACCACAAAUCUACGACUCCUCCUGCUUUGUGGAGAUCAACGGGGUUGGGGAGGCACGGCUCUCCGCUGUGGUGCAGCACUGCCUGACGGAAAUCUACGACCUAAUUGUACUCUCGUACAUCCAAGAGCUAAGCGGCUCGGCGAUCCCUCUCGCGAAGGAGAUUGCGGCGGAGCGAAUUUGGGGCCGGGCCUACCCACCGGUGCGAAAAACAAAAGAUCGUGCCGGAGCUGUGCGGAAGGAGCGAUCCUCCACCACAAACGUUAUUGGCGUGGGUGAGGUUCGCCAGCUCCCUGCACUUCCAUCCCUCUUUGCGGUGCCGACGCCGACGCCUGACAUUGUCCUGCAUCCCCUGCGACAGCUACGUGUGGAGGACAUUCCUGAGGAAACCGUUUGCGCGCACACGCAUGCCGACGUGUUUUUGCGCUUCAUUGAUAGCUUUACAGCCUUGGGGCUUCUGGACGAUCGCCGUGUGGGCACCAUGGAUGUACGACGGAGCUGUGAUGUGCAGUUCCUUUCAUUCAAACGUCAGUUGGUGCCCUCAUUGCCGAUAAGCCUGGAGGUAACGGCGUCAUCUCUCGAUGCCGUGCAUGCCGUGGGGGAAGGGCGGGUGCUGGACUUGGAAGAGGUGUAUUUCCGCGAUGUCUGCUAUAACCUUUUUCCUUCACCCAUGUCUCCUACCGCAGUUGCGGAACUGAAUGCGAGCCGUGAGAGUCUGCCUGUUGUUGCGUCGACGAGUGAACACGCGGGCUGUCGCAGGGACUACGCAGAGCAGUUGCAAAUGGCGGCAACGGUCAUUUAUCCACCGCUGCAUGCGACUCCCACACUGAUGCAGAGGAAUGCGAGUGUCAAGGGGGAUCGUAGCUGUUCAUUUGAGCCCUCGGUGUACGUGCCACCAGGCACGAAGCCGCCCUCCGCAGGUGUGGUGACGGAUAAAAAUUUACACUUUGGUGAGUUUGCCUUUCUACUCGCUCCAAGGGGGGGGACGAGCGAUCCGAAGGCAGCAAAGGAGGCUUACGGCAACGAUGCGACGGGUGCCGCAGCAAGGCGUGAUAAGGUCGCUGGGGAGGUGACGCUGGGAGCCACUCUAUCGGGAGGCGGUGGUGAAGUUGAGGACAGCCACGCAGCUGGCGAGGACGGUGAUGAGGGUGUGGCUGCGGAGGUGUCACACGACGCGCGGAUGCAGGUGCAGGCCAAGUGGCACCGCGAGAACCCAUACUUUGCCUCUCGAACUACUCUCCCACCACGAGGCUUCUGCGCGUAA